AUGAAGAUUUGUCAUACACUCUUGGCAAUAUUAGUGGCAAGAUGGGCAAGGUGUGGAGAUGGUGAUGGAAAAGGGGCACUAAAGGGUGCAGAGAAACAGAAUCCUCCAGAACUUCCUAAGCCUGAAGAACCUGUAAACCCUUUCCUAGACAAGGAAGUUAAGCAAAAGAAUAACAGUUAUGAUGACUUUGAGAUACUAUACAAAGCACAAGACUCCAGUUCUACCCCUGAAAAUACGACUGCUCCUGCGUCGGCUCAAUCUAAUGGUGGCUCUACUGCAGCAACCUUGGAUCUUGCCAAUCCUAACCUUUCCAUAUUAAGGGUAUUCAACAUCAGAAUUAAGGGAAUCCCUGCAAGGCUGUAUCUUGUUACGCGUAAGAUUGGUACUAAUGUUUUUGUCAGACAAAUAAUGAGCAAUGGUAAAAACGUAUGGUUUGGUGGUAAUGGUAAAUCAUGCCUUUACUGUAUUGCAUUUUUCAAAGAAGAGAUUGACAUGGUAGCCACUAUGAUCAAAGAGGCAUAUAAAAUCUAUAAAGAUCUUCGCGAAAAUGGCACGAACGGCUGGCAACUUAGCACCGAGAAUAAUGAUACGAAGAUUGGUGUAUUAAAGACCAUAACGGGUGAAGUUGUAAGGUUCUCUAUUGACACCUCCCUGGUAAAGAAUGAAAAAUGCAGUUGA